UUUCCGUCUGGCUCGAGCACAUGACUAGGAAACAGGGAAGUGUUUUGCGCUGCUAGAAAGCAAACGGAGUUUAUUGUCGCUGGAUCCGUCGUGAGGGUGGAUUUUGUUGCCAACAUUACAUGCGUUUAUUGGCCUAUAAAGGCCUUACAGCAACCCGGCGCGUCUGGUUUUGGUUUGGUUUGCAGAAAUGGCCUCGAAUCGGUUAGAACUGCGGACGUUGUUGCGUUUUAGCAUGAUCUGCGUCACUUUGUUCUUAAAUAACACGCCUGUCUGGGCCGCCAAGUACAGAAGACCAAACAUUGUUUUGAUCUUGACGGACGAUUUAGAUGCGUCGAUGGGUGGCAUGGUGCCACUGAACAAGACAAGAAAGUUGCUAGGUGAUGCUGGGAUCACUUUUACAAAUGCGUUUUUUGCCAGCCCGCUGUGCUGCCCGAGUCGUGCCAGUAUCCUGACGGGGAAGUACCCGCAUAACCACCACGUCAUCAACAACACGCUGGAGGGCAACUGCAGCAGCGUGGCCUGGCAGAAGAGUCAGGAGCCAAUCACCUUCCCCGCCCUGCUGCAGAAGAACUACUACCAGACCUUCUUCGCCGGGAAAUACCUUAACGAGUAUGGGAAUCCUGAUGCGGGAGGUAUUGAGCACGUGCCCCCAGGCUGGGACUACUGGUUCGCUCUGGAGAGGAAUUCUAAGUACUACAACUACACGCUGUCUGUAAACGGCAGAGCACAGAAGCACGGCCAGAACUACAGCCUGGACUACCUGACCGACGUGCUGGCCAACAACUCUCUUGACUUCCUGCAGUAUAAGUCCAACUACCGGCCGUUCUUCAUGAUGGUGUCUACGCCGGCCCCCCACUCCCCCUGGACCGCCGCCCCCCAAUACGACAACACUUUCCCCUCCGCCAAGGCGCCCCGAGACCCCAACUUUAAUGUCCACGGGAAGGAUAAGCACUGGCUCAUCAGACAGGCCAAGACUCCCAUGUCAAACUCCUCAAUAGAGUUCCUGGACACCGCCUUCAGGAAAAGGUGGCGAACUCUGCUGUCAGUAGAUGACCUGGUAGAGAAGCUACUGCAGCGGCUGGAGGUGAGAGGAGAGCUGGAGAACACGUAUAUAUUCUUCACAUCGGACAACGGAUACCACACAGGUCAGUUUUCUCUGCCCAUGGAUAAGCGGCAGCUGUAUGAGUUCGACAUCAGAGUGCCCCUACUGGUGCGGGGGCCAAACAUCAAACCCAACCAGACAACACCGAUGCUGGUAGCUAAUGUGGAUCUGGGCCCCACCAUAUUGGACAUGGCCGGCAUAGACUACAAUAAGACCCAGAUGGACGGCAUGAGCUUCCUGCCCGUGCUGACGGGGCAGGCUAACAGCUCUACAUGGAGGACUGAUGUGCUGGUGGAGUAUGAGGGCGAGGGGAGCAACGUCUCGGAUCCAGCUUGCCCUCUUCUGGGACCCGGGGUCACGGAGUGCUUCCCUGACUGUGUGUGUGAGGAUUCCUUCAAUAACACCUAUGCGUGUGUUCGCACGGUGUCACCUACUGCCAACCUCCAGUACUGCGAGUUUGACGACAACGAGGUGUUUGUGGAGGUGUAUAACCUGACAGCGGACCCGUUCCAGCUGAGUAACAUUGCUAAGAGUAUCGAGCAGGAGGUCUUGGAGAAAAUGAACCACAGACUCAUGAUGCUACAGUCCUGCUCCGCCCAGUCCUGCAGAACGCCUGGAGUAUACGACACACGGUACAAGUUUGACCCGAGACACAUGUUCAACAACCACAGCCCCCACCUCAGACGACUGAGACAGGCACUGAAGUGACGACCAUGAGGGAACCAAGGGAGAGGAGAAGAGAAGAGAGGGAUGAAGAGAGGAGAAGAGAAGAGAAGAGAAGAGAGGGAUGAGGAGAAGGA